UCGGAGCAGUGCAGUGUCAAGCGGAUUACCGGAUACUCAAACUCAACCCGAAGGACUAAACUAUCAUCGAAUCGCAAUGGCCGCCAACCAGAAGAUUGUGUUUGCUCUCGUGUGCCUGUUCUUGGCCUGUGAUUUGGCGUUGAGUCAGCAGCAGGCUGCCAACAGUUCGGCUGCGGAGUCGGAUGUGGCUGAGAGCCGCACCUUUGGCCACCACUUCCUGCGUCGCAUCAGCUUUGCCCUGGUGCCCGGCGCCUUUGUGGUGGGCGUGAUCACCACCCUGCUGGCGGCCUUGACUGUGGUGUCCAUUAAGGGUCUGGGCGUGGGCGUCAUUCUGCUGGUGCUGGCCAUCGGUCAGAUGCUGUCCCGCGCUCUGCCCGUCCAAGCAGCUGCCGCCUAUGCCGCCGCACCCGUUCCGGCUCCAGUGCCCGUGGUCUACUCCCACUCUCACACCCAGCAGCCCGUGUGGCUGGAGAAGGAGUGGUAGAUUCUGGCAGAGAUACCAAUCCCCUGGCUGGACGAGGAAACGAAACAAUAGAGAAAGCUAGCUGAUAGCGGGCCAGGAGUCACAUUUACCUCAGCCUCAGCGAGCAUGCAACCAAAUAAUAAUUUAAGUUUAGUUUAAAUUAUUUAUUUAACUUAUUUAUUUAUUGCAAGUAAAUUAUGGCAGAAAAGAAAAUUCAGCAGAGAAUUUUAUGUGUGAAACAAAUUAGUCUGCUGUCUGAAAUUGAGAUUAAAUGAGAUAAUAUAAAAAUGUUUGGCAAACGAAUA